AAAGAAAGAAAAAGGGAAAAAUAGUAAAAGCAGAAAAGAAGGGUCCCCACUUAUGUCUAAACAGAUAACCACAAAGGAGCAGCAGAGACAAGAAACAUAGCCUAGACGAGACGAAGCAGUUCAACUUAAUUAAUUAGAAUCCUCUUCAUCACGUCUCUCCGGAAGCAGGUUAAUUAAACAAUUGGAGAUCUUUCUCUCUCGUCCUCCUCCGAGAAUGCACCGACUGCUACUCGAAUUCCACGGUGGCGGGAACGAGACGAGCGACGGCGGCGGAGAUGGGUACCUGAGGGACAUGAACUUCGACGCAAACAUGGUGAUCAUACUCGCUGCUCUGCUAUGCGCUUUGAUACUUGCGCUUGGGCUUAAUUCCAUCCUCAGAUGCGCCAUGCGAUGCGGCUGCGGGUUAACCUCUGCUGCUGCAGCGGCGGCGGCAGCGGCGACAGUUGCGGCGGGUGACAGAACGGGAUUGAAGAAGCGAGAACUGAAGAGGUUUCCGGUGGCGGCGUAUGGGUCGAGCGAGGUGGAGAUAGCGGCGACGGAGUGCGCCAUCUGUCUGGGGGAGUUCGCGGACGGUGAGAGGGUCCGAGUUCUGCCGCCGUGUAACCACAGCUUCCACAUGUCUUGUAUCGACACGUGGCUUGUGUCUCACUCUUCCUGUCCUAAUUGUCGGCAUUCGCUCAUCGAGAUCCACGUGGCAGGAUCUAGCUAGCUCCAAGUGAUCUGAUCUGAUCUGAUUGAUUUAGGUCUAGAGGGUUAUUACGCGAUGGGCGGUGAUGGAGAGGAGAGGUAUGUGUGGAAGCUUAGAGUUGGUGUGAGAGUAAGAAGAUUCAGUUUGAAGCUCCAUCUGCACAAGUACAACCUGCUCUCCUCUUGGAAGCUCCACCGAUUGUCUUUCCUCCUCAGAUUCCG